AUGCCCUUGGAAGAUGAGGAGGUCGGGGGCUGGGUGAGCUUCGAGGGCGCGCAGCCAGUGGGUGGCGCGCGAGAGUCCGAGGGAAGCGGAGAGGACGUCGCUGGGUACCAGCCUCUCCUCCAGAGCGACGCACCACACGACGAGGCCGCAGACGGUGGACAGGUGCAGUCGCGACCAGGGGGCGGGCAGCAGGGCACAGCGCAGCCCCCAGAAGAGGAGGGCUGGGCAACUUUCAGCAACAAAGACCAGUUUUUCACGCGAACGGGCGGCUGGGCGGCCGUCGAGAGCGACCUCGCAUCCAUCGAGGUCGCGCUCGCCGCCAUGGGGCCCGGAGGUGUCAGCGCGGGCGCAGCCACGCCCGCUACACACGACGUCCAGGCCGCCGCAACUCGCCUCUCGUCCGCCGCCGCUGCGAGCCGCGCGAGGGAGCAGGUGACGCGGUCCCGAGCGCUACAGGAGGCGAUGCAAGCCGUCGGGAACGCGUUCCGGCCGGGAGAUGGGGCCGGCGCAGUCGGCGAUGCCGAGCGCGACGGCGACGGCGCGCACAGCGCGCAGGGGGCGUUCUCGCUGCACUCGGAGGCGCCUAUGCCCGCGGCGCACAAACAGAGGAUCGUGGACGCGAUGGCGAACGUCAAGCUCGAGUUCCAGCCGGCGUGGGCGAAGCCGAGCGUUGGCGGGGUCAGCGAGGACGCGUGGAUGAGGAUCCUGGCGGACAAGCGAGCACAGGAGGGUGCAGCCGUGGCGCGGGGCGACGAGGGCGCUGCCGGUGCGGAGCGCAGGGCGGCCGACUAG